CUCUCCACCAUAUAUGCACCUCAUCACACUCUACACUUUACAACCAUGGCUCCUCUCCUUCUCUUCUCCCUCCUCGCCCUCGGCCUCAGCCUCCGUCCUCUCGCCGCAACGCCAUCCCCCGCAUCACCCAUCGUCGUUGACGACGACCUCCGUCGGCUCUGCAGCCACACGUCAUUCCCUGACAUGUGCCUGCGGAGCCUCUCCGCUAAGCCUGAGUGCAACUCUACGAACCCCAAGGCCGUGGCGGGCCUCUCCAUCCGCGUCGCGGCCGAGGCGGCCGCCGCUGCCGCCGCCUUCGUCUCGGACCACCUCAACGUCGCGGCUACGAACGAGACGCGGCUGUGGCAGUGCCUCGACGACUGCUCCGACUUCCUCGAGGACGCUGUGGAGCAGCUCGACGACGCGACGGUGGCCGCCGACGUCGGCGCGCUCGACGACGCCCACGCGUUCCUCACGGCGGCCAUCGCCGACGCCGACACCUGCGACCAAGGGUGCGGGAAGAAAGUAGAGGCGGCGGUGACGGCACCGGCGACGGAGGAGGUGGUGCAGGCGCUGGCCGGCGCGACGGAGGAGUUCAGGAAGUUUUGCAAGAUCUCUAUCUCUCUCACUACACUCUCCUUAGAUGCAAAUGUUAAGAUUUAAAUAUUUUCAAACUUCUCUUUUUUUAAAAAAAUUUUUCCUCCUUUGUUUUCUUAUCAUUUGUUGGUGAUCAUGUAAAAGUAGUAAUAAUCUUUAGUUGAUCAUGGUC